GCCACUGGAACGUUCCAGUGAAGAUGUAGAUAUAAUAUUCACGCGACUCAAAGAAGUUAAAGCUUUUGAAAAAUUUCAUCCAAACCUUCUUCAGCAGAUAUGUCUCUGUGGUUAUUAUGAAAAUCUGGAAAAGGGAAUCACAUUAUUUCGUCAGGGUGAUAUUGGAACAAACUGGUAUGCUGUUUUGACAGGAUCGCUGGAUGUUAAAGUUUCGGAUACAAGCAACCACCAGGAUGCUGUGACGAUAUGUACAUUGGGGAUAGGAACUGCUUUUGGGGAGUCCAUUCUUGAUAACACACCUCGCCAUGCUACUAUUGUUACCAGGGAGUAUAGUGAGCUCCUUCGAAUUGAGCAGAAGGACUUCAAAACACUUUGGGAGAAAUAUCGACAAUAUAUGUCAGGACUUCUGGCUCCUCCUUAUGGUGUUAUGGAAACUGGCUCCAACAAUGACAGGAUGCCUGACAAGGAAAAUAUGUCUAGCAAUGCUCUUUGUCCAGUAUCCAAAAACUGUAAUAAGACACCUCUCAUUGAACCUCACAUCCCUCUUCGUCCUCGUAAAACCAUUACACAGGUUCCAUCCGAAAAGAUCCUCAGAGCUGGAAAGAUUUUACGGAAUGCAAUUCUCUCCAGAGCCCCUCACAUGAUAAGAGAUCGCAAAUAUCAUCUGAAGACUUACAGACAAUGCUGUGUAGGAACAGAACUGGUAGACUGGAUGAUGCAACAGAGUCCAUGUGUUCAUUCACGUACCCAAGCGGUUGGCAUGUGGCAGGUACUGCUGGAAGAAGGAGUUCUUAACCAUGUGGAUCAAGAACACCAUUUCCAAGACAAAUACUUGUUUUAUCGAUUUCUGGAUGAUGAACAGGAAGAUGCCCCAAUGCCAACAGAGGAAGAGAAGAAGGAGUGUGAUGAAGAGCUGCAGGAUACUCUGCUUUUGCUGUCCCAAAUUGGCCCAGAUGCCCAUAUGAGGAUGAUUCUCAGAAAACCACCUGGCCAGAGAACUGUAGAUGAUCUAGAAAUUAUAUAUGAAGAACUUAUUCACAUUAAGGCCUUGUCUCAUCUUUCUACCACAGUAAAACGAGAAUUAGCGGGCGUUCUGAUCUUUGAGUCACAUCCCAAAGCAGGAACUGUCUUAUUUAAUCAGGGAGAAGAAGGUACUUCUUGGUACAUUAUCCUAAAGGGAUCAGUAAAUGUAGUCAUUUAUGGAAAGGGUGUGGUAUGUACCCUACAUGAAGGAGACGAUUUUGGCAAGUUAGCACUAGUGAACGAUGCUCCAAGAGCAGCAUCUAUUGUUCUACGAGAAGACAAUUGCCACUUCCUGAGAGUAGACAAGGAGGACUUUAACAGAAUACUUCGGGAUGUGGAAGCAAAUACAGUAAGACUCAAAGAACAUGACCAAGAUGUCUUAGUAUUGGAGAAGAUCCCAGCAGGAAACAGAGCUUCUAAUCAAGGAAACUCACAGCCUCAGCACAAGUAUAUUGUGAUGUCAGGAACUCCAGAGAAAAUUCUAGAGCACUUUCUAGAAACUAUGCGACUUGAAUCAACUGUAAAUGAAGCAACAGAUUCUGUUUUAAAUGAUUUUGUUUUGAUGCACUGUGUUUUUAUGCCAAAUAGUCAGCUAUGCCCAGCCUUGAUGGCACAUUAUCAUGCCCAACCUUCCCAGGGUUCAGAACAGGAGAAAUUGGAUUAUGCCAUCAAUAAUAAAAAGCGAGUCAUCCGACUAGUUCUACAGUGGGCUGCUUUAUAUGGAGACCUACUACAAGAGGAUGAAGCAGCAGUGGCCUUUCUGGAGGAAUUUUAUGUAUCCGUAUCAGAUGAUACAAGAAUGAUUGCAGCACUGAAAGAGCAACUUCCAGAGCUAGAGAAGGUUGUAAAACAAAUUUCAGAAGAAGGUAAAACACCACAAAAGAAGCACAAAGUUCUUCUGCAGCUGUUUAACACAACUGAUGAUAGAGCACAAAAACGCCAGCCCAUCAGGGGAAGUGAUGAAAUUCUGUUUAAAGUGUACUGUAUAGACCACACCUACACUACUAUCCGUGUGCCAGUGCUGUCUUCUGUUAAGGAAGUGGUCAGUGCAGUAACAGAUAAACUGGGCUCUGGAGAAGGCUUGAUCAUAGUAAAGAUGAGUUCAGGAGGAGAAAAGGUGGUACUCAAACCCAACGAUGUUUCGGUGUUUACGACUCUCACUGUUAAUGGACGUCUUUUUGCUUGCCCACGAGACCAGUUUGAUUCCCUGACACCACUGCCAGAACAAGAAGGCCCAUCUACUGGAACUGUGGGAACUUUUGAACUCAUGAGCUCCAAAGACUUAGCAUACCAGAUGACAAUUUAUGAUUGGGAACUCUUCAACUGUGUGCAUGAGCUGGAACUGAUAUAUCACACAUUUGGAAGGCACCAUUUUAAAAAGAUAACAGCAAAUUUGGACCUAUUUUUGAGAAGAUUUAAUGAAAUCCAGUUCUGGGUAGUCACAGAGAUUUCUCUUUGCUCCCAACUCAGCAAGCGUGUUCAGCUGUUGAAGAAAUAUAUUAAGAUAGCAGCCCACUGUAAGGAAUACAAAAAUCUUAAUUCCUUUUUUGCUAUUAUCAUGGGACUGAGUAAUGUUGCCGUGAGCCGUCUUACACUAACAUGGGAGAAACUUCCAAGCAAGUUCAAGAAGAUCUAUGCAGAGUUUGAAAGCUUAAUGGAUCCAUCAAGAAACCAUAGGGCCUACAGACUUACUGUAGCAAAACUGGACCCUCCAAUAAUUCCCUUCAUGCCCUUACUUAUCAAAGAUAUGACAUUCACUCAUGAGGGAAACAAGACAUUCAUUGACAGUCUAGUAAACUUUGAAAAAAUGCGCAUGAUUGCCAAUACUAUCAGGACGGUGAAAUUCUGCCGAAGCCAAUCUUUCAAUCCUGACGCAGCUCUAACUAAUAAGAACCAUCAGGACGUACGGAGUUAUGUACGGCAAUUAAAUGUGAUUGACAACCAGAGAACUUUAUCACAGAUGUCUCACCGACUAGAACCACGUCGAGCAUAAGCAUUUAAGGAGAUGACAAGAAAUUCUCUUUUUUUUUCCAGCUAAGGUCAUGUAAGAACCUCACUUGUUCUGCUACUACACUGCCACUACAAAAAUAAGUAAAAACAUAUUAUACAAUCUUAGGCAACGCACAAUGUACCAGCCAUGAGAGAAAUAUGGCUGAUGAAAAAUUUAUACAAUGUGGCUAUAAAGGUGCCCACAUUGUGUACGGUUAAUUUAUUUAGAGUGCAUUAAAAUUCUUUUACAUGGUAAGAAUAAAAGUGAGAUGUAAAAUUGUAUAGUUUGGGAAAUGUUCACAAAAGAAAAAACUAUGAAUUAAGGAAAUUAGGGAAUUUCUUUUCUCUAACUAAAAAUGCAAUAUUUUGGGAUUUAUUACCUAGUUUGGGGCCAAAAACUGCCAUCAAUUUUGCAUGUUACCAUUAUUUUCAGUAGAAAAUGCACGUAAGCAACUGAUGGAAGAAUUUGGGCUAGGAGAGGUUGAAUGGUAUAUUUUCAUGGUUUGAUAUUCAGAGAACGGUUGAAAAAAUGUUUUUGUUUAAAACCCAAAAGCUAUUAAUAAGAAUUUCAAGUUUUAACCACAUUUGCCUAUGACUGAAAAGCACUGUGGCCAUUUAAGAAACUUAUCAAGACUAAUAUGUAAUAUUCCAAAAGAUAAAUAGAUUAAUAUUUGUUCAUGUUAAUUUUUUUCAAUACCAGAAUUUUUUUCAUUAUCAGGAUUUUAAAAAGUUCCAUUAUGAGUUAAUAUGGUUCUUCAAACCAAUGGCAUAAAAGUAGCAAAGAACUGGUUCAAAAAGAGCACAAUAUGUACAAACAUAAUUCAAGAUAAUAUUUUCCUGGACAUUAAAACCUUAAACAUCAGUUACAGUUUAUUGUGGCUGAUUAAAACAUAUUUUCUGGACUUAAACAUUUGCAAAUAUCGUAAUUUUCAGCAAUUAUUUUUCACUUUCAAGUAGACUGUAUAUAAAUGUUAAUUCAUCAUGUUCUAGAAUAUUUAUGUAAUAGUUA